GAAGUGGAAGUCGAAGUGCUGAUCGAGGACGACCACGAUGAAAACGCCGACGGUUUUUUUCGCUCCUCGAGCCAUGCCGUUUGUCACUCAUCCCGCGGUUGGGGCGCACAGCAGUCAUCAGGAGCAGGAGUAGGAGCAGGAGUAGGAGCAGGCGAAGCGUACGAAGAACUGAAGCGUCGCCGGACCGACUCGGUCGGUCAUCGCAAAGAGCCGCAAGCCUCACGCAGUCCUCGCAUAAGCCAGUAUCCUCAGAAGAAUACGAGCGUCAGUUGA